AUGAACGUCAAGAAGGGGAAAUUCAAUGCAGACUACUGCCAGACUGGCAUCGAACCUGCGCUGUCAGACUUAGCCCGCCUUCACGAAGUCUCUUGGGAUAAGCGAAACGAGUUGAAGCACAAAGAGAGCUACAAAGCAGUUUCAUUGCAAAAACAUCGUCGACCUCCGUCACACCUUCUCUCUCCUCGUGAUCUUCGUAACCAUUUGCGUACAUGAGUACCUGUGAAUGGUUCUAUUUAGAAAGAGUCCUUGGAAUAUUUCUCAGUUAUACCUAGGUUUUGUCGGUAUUUUAAGGAAGGCGCAGAAAAUGUUGUAUGAAAUGAUACGAAAAUGUGGUUUUCUUUAAGAUUUAAGAAGCCUAACUAUAAAUGGACAAUGACGUUAAACGAAAUAGGGGUUAUAGUAUAGUAUAGCUAAGUGUGUCGGAAUUAAAUAAGCUAUUUGUGAUGAGUAAAAUAACGUGAUAAAGAAUUUAUUUCAAGGGGCAAAAUUAAUAAAAAGAUCGUUUAAAUGAUGGAAAUUGUGAUUUUAUUAUCCUGUAGCUGUGGUGGAGUCACGGGCUAUCAAUUGAUAGAAAAAAGACUCGACGAGACUCAAUAAACUGUGACAAUUUCUUUGGCUAAGUAAUCUCCAGUGAAAGAAUUUCGACAGAUACAUCACAAAAUUGCUAUGGUUUAGUCAGCCAUUUGUCGCCUAGACAUUCACUCUUUUGCAUGGGGGAGGGAGGGAUAUAACAUCAUAGCUGGCUCAAACGGGCGUCUAUAGGACACGACGAUUUUAGGCUUGUGACUACAUGAGGGCAUGGCGGACGUGUACUGUGAAAGUAAGCUGUUGAUGUAUUAACGGGCCAUAUUCGCGUUGGAGUCCUCGAAUUGGAUUCCCGUUCCCCCACCCUCCCACGAAAAAGAAUGCCUAUGGGCCAGCUAACACUUAAUAAGAGAAAUGAAACUUUUAAAUGACGGUAACCUUCUUUGUGGUUAGCUGUGGUUGUACGUCUUACCACAAAAGGAAUCUUGAUCUAUCCAUUAUUUCUAAAAUUUAUUAUACCACAAGUUAAUGACUGGUGGGCUUAUUUUCUAUUCCCUUUAAGAUUCAGAGCUCGCUCCGACACACUAAAGCGAUUUGUAUAUCACCCCAAUGAUCCAGUGUUAAAGAUCAAAAAGUCAGUAUUUCCUUUAUUAGUGCAAGUAAGAAACUUAUAAAUAAUGUUCUUUGACGAGGGAUAGAAAGAACUAAGCUCUGAUAUGUUUUUCUUUUUAAGCUUCCGGUUGAGUAAGAAAUGAACUUGCUUAACGAAAUACUGUGGGUGGAAGUAAUUAAAAAUGAAUUGUAAUUGUUUAGCAAUCGCUUAAUCUUUAUCUCUGCAAGCAAACAUUUUAGGCCUUUUUUUAUCCAACGAAGUACAGACACGAAUACGAUAUACAAGGAAACUUAUGAGUCAUUUUUUUUUUUUUUUUUUUUUUGCCCUGUCUUCUGCUGCAAUUUCUGUUCCCCACAGUUAUUGACAAGUUCGAUUCACGGUACAAAUGGUGCUAAUUGGGCGUGGCUAGCUACCAAAUAUCUCUGACAGAGAUUUCGCUGUAAAAUAAUUAAGGAACUCAAUCUCUUUCCACUGGCUGAUCAUUGUUACUCUCCGAUACUCGUUCGGCUAAAGAAGAAGAGAUUUGUUUAAUCUACGAAUAAUAAUAACAAGGUGGACGAAAAACGGACGACAUGUGAGUAACGAAAACCUAAUGUACUGUAACGCGAUUAUUAGAACAUUUAGAAAAUAUGGCCCACAAAAAAAUAAAUACGAUGCAAUCAAUACUGGUCUCACGGGACUGGCUCCGCGAGUCACACCUGGGGUCUAUGGACUCCUGUUUUGUUUGUUUCAUUUUCUGUUUGAUUUUGUUUUUACCUCUCUUGAAAUAGAUUGGAUUAAGCAUGCAAAAGGUAAUUUCUCGUGAUUCUAACCAAGGUUGAGCAAGAGGGAACAAAAGUAAUCCAAAUGGAAGGGUAUUGCACAUUAUACACGUCGUCCAUUAAGGUCUCCAAGUGGGAACCUUUUGUACAAAUGGAAGGGCAUUGCACGCAUAUAGACGUUCAAUUUUUUGCUUCGUUGAGUUUUCUUAGCAAAAGAGUGAAGCUUUGACACAAAUUUUUCACAGGAUUAUGUGCAGUGUAACUUGUUCCAUUUCUUGUAUUACAAGAAAGAGCAGGUGCUACAUUGUAGUAUGUCAUGAGAAAACCAGCGUUGGCUAUCUUACUUUAGAACGCACAGAAGGACGAUCAGAUAAGAUUCAUGGAUACUUGUUGAGCACAAAAAAAAGUAAAAAUAUACAGUUACAGAUCGUAACCGCCCUCUUGUUAACACAUUUGGUAAAAAGAUAUGGUAAAAUUUAAGAUCAUUUUAAUAUUUGUUUGCUUGGCAGGCGUUAUGCAAAGGACAAUUGGUUCGUAUUAUUGGAGAUAUGCUUUAUUUGUGCCAGUAAGUAAUAAAAGAGCAAGAUAUUAACAAUUGACAAUAAUAUUGGGGAUAAACAAUCUAGGCUGCCGAAUUAGCCCCAUCUACAUUCUGUAAGGUAAUCCAAGAUAGGUCUUGGAUUCUGGAUGCCACACUGCGGAUUUCUGAUUCCAGUCUUUCUCAGUGGAACUUGGAAUCUGGAUAAUCCAGUCGAUCGUUACAUUUCGGUUUCCUUGAGCUUUAUUCUGGAAUCCAAAGCUCAGGAUUCCAAAUUCCACAAGCAAAAAAUGCCCGGAUUCCCUAACGGGGCGAGCGGAAUGGCUUAAGUUAACUACACUUCUUUUUUACUGCUCUUGAGUACUGCUCCCCCUAUACAUCAUCUUGCCAGGUGUAAUAGAUGUCAAAUUAUCAUUACAUAUUUUCCCUUCAAAUGCGUCACCUUUUAAGUCAGUGGACAAGGUUUAAAACCAGGAAGUUACCGGGUCAAUGGAAAUGUGGCUUUUCAACCCGAUGGUGCUAUGGUAACAAACUUGGAAAUGAAACCUGCCAAAGGAGGCAAUGCAGAUCCAGCCAUCCCGCCAACUGUCUCGUCAUCUACGGGCAUUCGGAGCGGUCCAACCUUUUCCACGACGUUUGCACCAAGAACAGGUCCCACAAGUGGCUUAGGUUCAAGCUCUAGAUCAGGUACAAUUUAGAUUUUAUGGAGCCAACCAAGUGGUAGGGGAAUAAUGUCAACAAUAGAAUAUACCAUUUUACAGUUACAGGUGGAAACGCAGCUGGAGUUGACCUUGCUGUUUUAUUAUUUAAAUCAUGUUGUUCCUAUGCUAACUGGUAUUUUUUUAAGCAUAAUUUCCAUAAGACAUGGUUCCACGUUCUCUAUCAAAACAAGGUAAACCUUAGCCUCAUGUUCACUCAAAGGUUGGUAUAUCAAGCUCACAACUGUAAAAUGGUCAAUUAGAAACAACAAUUACCUCUAUUUGCACAACUAUAAAUUACUUGCAGUAUUGUAAAACAUCGAACCCCAAAAUUGAAGAAAGGGGUACAUGACCAACUGUUGACAUACACCUCAGCUUAGCUUGUUCACUGAAAUGGACGUUUUUAAGAAGGAGGACAUCGUUUGUGAGAUAAGUGGCUCUUGCCGUUGUCAAGAAGUGGCCGUCAUGGUCAGAGUGUAGUCAUGAAUGAAGUAAAGUGAGUGUGAAUAUGCGCAUGUAGGAAUCGAAUCUGCGUUGAAUUAUUUAGAGGCAUGCAAUCUUGGUGUAGCUUCCUCUUUUAAACUUAAAGUGUUUGUUUCUCAGGUUUUUCUCAAGACCAGACAACUGCCUUGAACAUUCAUAAUAAAUAUCGUAAAAUUCACAAGGCUCCGAUGAUGAAAUUAGACAAAACAUUGUGUAACAAAGCCCAGGAAUUUGUGAACAAACUGAAAUGCUCAGGACAAAAUGCUCCCUCACUUCAAGGGAAAAACGUAAUAUCUGAAAGCUUUUGUUCUACGAAUGGUGGAAGCAGCAUGGAACAAAUUCUUACGCGAUGGUUAGUCAAUUACUGUAAUAAAUGCCUGGUAUAUUUGGCGUCAUAAAAAUCGAAUUUAAGAAACAAACAAACAACCAAACAAACAAAUAGUAUGGCAUUUCGAAAAUUCAAUGCAAGGCUUUUCUAAAGUUGGGUGGAGAGUUUGGGGCUGCUGGAGACGAGUGAGAAGGGAGAGUGUUGGAUACAUUUCUUUGCUUGUUUGUUUAUUUGUUUUUACAUCUAUUGCAAAACGGUGAGUUAUAAUCUUCUAAUCGCUUAAGAUCUCAAAGCGUUUUCCCCUAAAAAUACACUUAGUGUUUAGUGGAGUAAAAGUAUCGAAGUAGUAAGGUUACAAACCACAAUAAUUCGUAAAUAUACCACGACGUGUUGUAAAUGUAUAAAGCAGUCGUAAUAGCCCCUAUGCAUGAUUACAUCAGACGAGUAAAUUUCACCAACAAGCCUCGUUUGUGAACAAAAUUUUUUGCAUUUGCACUUUUUGUGCGUGGGUAUUCUUUUCAACUAUACUGCCUUGGGAAUUCAUUUCUGUGAAACUUCGCUUAUUUUUAAUUUCAAAACGAGGCUUGGUGGUGAAAUUUGCUUGUGUGACGUAAACAUGCAUAAGGGCUAUUGAGCCAAAAUGGUCACGUGUCCAGGACUUUAUCUCUCUCCCGUCGCCUUUUAGUUGAAAAAGCAAAACGAGUGAGGAGAAACACAAUGUUUUUAUUGCGCCCAAAAAACAGUUAAUAGGAUUAUUUUAACUUGUGUUUCUUUAGGUAUGACGAGGUCUGCAAUUAUAAAUUCAACAACGGAGGAACAGCAGGAGGGCCAGGAGUCGUAGGAGGCGGGGGGUGGGGUGGUGGAGGAUGGGGAGGAGGAUGGGGAGGAGGAUGGGGAGGAGGAUGGGGAGGAGGAUGGGGAGGAGGAUGGCAAGGACGACGGAAAAGAAACACUGCCCCUUUUGGUAAAGGACCACGAUUCUUUGGCCCUUCCUUUCCGUCUGGUCCUUCUUUUCCCUCUGGUCCCUCCUUUCCUUCAAUUCCUUCCAUCACUCCUGCCUUUGGAGCAACUUCCCAUUUUACUCAAAUGGUAUGGAAACAAACUACGAAGCUUGGCAUUGCGAGAGCUGAAGGAACCAAGGCCAAUAAUCAACGGUGUGUGUACAUUGUUGCAAUAUAUGAACCGCCCGGGAACAUACCAAAUGCAUUUGCAACAAACGUUGUAAAAGGAGAUUUUGACCAAAAGUACUGCAAAAAGAAGAACCCGUGGAACCAGUGGCGCGACAGAAACGGUAAUCAAAUGGUCAAAGUUUCCCCGCUGGCAGCAAAUGGAGUAGCAAAUGCUCCUUCCCAGACUUCUGGCCUUAAUAUAAAGAUUCUGAAGAAGAAAUACUUUGUUCAUUCUUAAACAUCAUAACACUAAUAUUGAUUAUCUGCAAAUAAAUGCACUCAUCAUUCAAUCGAGUUGUCAUAGAUUAAAAGAAGUUUACUUGUCUAUUGGUCACUAAAACUAAACCCCCCAAUGCCCCUUCACGCAAAUUUCAUCACUACGCCUCGGUAACAAUGUUUGCGAUUAAAAGACCCAGCCCUAAACUAAGAGGAACCUUUGAAAUUUUAUACCUUGGCUAGUACUCGGAUUUAGAAGCACUUAAUCGUAGUUUCAGCCAUACCAUGACUUGGACCAAAAGGUAGGUUCAAGGAUUUUGUCGUCAUUUUCUAUAUUUGUCGAUGGUUAAAUAUUUCAGUCUAUCCAGGAGCUUAUAACUCAUAGAGUUCCUGGUCUAUUACAUUUACAGUUUCGGUUUCAGUUCUAUUCUUCGAUAUUUUUCUUUCUUACAAUGACUGACGUACUCCUUAGGACCAAUCUCGUAAGUGACCAUCCCUAGUUACCACCACCUUUGUGAAAAGCUCUCGUAAACGACUGCGACCGCUUUUUGGAUUACCCAACAGGACUUUUCCUUCGUCUUUGAGCACCAGUAAACGACCACUCCCAAAUCAACAUUUUGAUGAAACUGCACACUGCGCUAAUGGUUCUUUGAUAAAGGUCUUAAUUCUUUAUGAAUUAUGGAUGAGUUUCUGAAGCUCUCAAAAGCUACCGCAUGUGGUCGUUUACCAGAGCUUAUUCUCGUAAGCGACCAGCUCUAGUUAGCCACAAUUUGAAUCGCGCGAAAUGACUUGAAAAUGGGUAGUUCAGUAUAACCCGGGGCGAAAUGACCGGUUACUAUCGGUGGCUUAAAGAACGAGGUAUACGCGUAUGUAUGGAACUUUUCCAUGACGUGGCUGAAAGAACGAGGUUUAUACAUCUGUUUGUCUAGUCCCUAGGCCUCAUUUUUCCAUGCGGUCAAUGCGUUUCCGGUCACGAGGUCCGAGCAAAAGUGUACACCGAAAUGCAUUGACCGAGAAGGCUUGGGAAAACGCCGUACAUAGACUAGGUAAUACAUGUGUAGGGCUUGUUUCAUUUUCAAGUGGAACGAUUUGCAACGUUGGCGAACGGGCCAUAGCGAAACGACUCGUAGGCGAAACGGGGGCGCAUUAUUUUUUGGGUAGUUUCAUUACUUACUUACCAAUUUACUAUAAGACUUUAUAAUUAAAGUUGAAGAUUCUCGGAAAACAGCGCACGCGUGCAGAACAAAGAAAAAUCAAAUUUUGCUACAAUAACAUUUCUAAACAUACUUUCUGAUCAAUUUAACUCCCCUUGACAGAAGUUUUGAUUUUUAUAACAUUUUUUAACCUUCAAAACAUCGUGACAAAUCUUAUUCAUUCAAAGAAACUGGAGAAGCACUUAUUACUGAUCGGUGAGGGCUAUAACCAGAUGUGUUGGGUGGUGUAGAUACAGGUAGAACAUGGACCUACCACCGGAGGGGGGUGGGGGAGGAGAGGUUUAUAACCAGGGUUCUAUGGUAUUCAAAAUUCGCACAUAAAUCCUAUAUUCUCAUUCUUUCACUAAAUAAAGAAAGGUAUUUAAGUAACUAAACUAUAGACAAAAGAGUAUGAGUUAUCUUCCGAAAUAUAUAAUAAAUCUACCCAGUUUUUAUCAGUUUAAGACUACAAGAUUGGCACACGUUUGUAUAUACCUAACUACAAUGGGCCAAAUAUUUAAACUUAGUUUAGGCAUUGUUUAACAAAACUGUAUUCUAAGUCAUUUUCCAUUUGCCCAACGAUUUUAUCCAAACAACAUUUAUUGCGAAUAGUUUUAUGAAAGGAAAUAGAAAAGAUUAGAAACCAUUUAUCUUCUUAAAACAACCCACCAAAGAAGAGAACUGGAGGUCCAAGAUUGGUUAAACAGCGGCUUAAGUUAGACUUCGUUUAAAUAUUUGACCCAAUGUAAUAAAUAUUGCUUGUACAUCUGUUAUUUUACUAGGUCGUCUGUUUUUUUGUUUGUUUUUUUUUUGUCUCACCAAAUAACAGUGAAGACCACAUUUGUGUAAGUGAGGAUCCUAUUUGCCUAAGCUGCCACUUAAUGACCCCAGAUUACUAUGAAUUACUUUUUGAAUAAUCUUAUAGUCUAUUAUUUUGCAAUAUACUAAUUCCGAGCGAAGAGAGUUUAUAAUCUCGUCGCGCGCAGCACGUGGACCGCGCGUGUUCUUAGCCAGCUGCAAAUUGGAUGUUCCAUUAUUCUAUCUAACUUUACUGAGCUGUUUGUGGGGCAAGCCCAGUUCCGCAGAAAAACGUACACCCGGGGGGGGGGGAGAGACACGAGGGUCUAUUACCGAGAAACGAUGAUCUUUCAAGGAUAUUUUUUGUACCUCGCUUCCCUCACUUUAAUAACUUUUGCCACUGUUCUAGUUUACGUCAAUUGGUGAUGUUGGAGCUGGGAAUCCAAAUCAGAGAAAUGGUCACGUUGCAUACAUACUCAUACAUACAUUUUCUCUAGAGUACUUAUUUCUUAUUCAAUUGUUGUAUUAUAAAUUGUCUUAGUUAGAUAGCAGGUUCACAUCAGCUAUAUAGUUGUCUACUUUAUUAUCCCACUUUAUCAAAUAAAUGUAUGUUUGUAUGUAUCUAUGUACACGCCGUUCACAGUAGGUUCACACUAAAAGAUGACUGUGAACGUCAGUUCUGGAACGGGCCGUUUCGUGAACUCAAAGAGAUAAUUAACUAUCGAUGUAGUACAUGAGCAAUUAAUCAAUAACCAUAGUUUGUGAACAAAGUAUUAUACAAAUUGAUGACACUAUAGCUGAAGACUUGAUUGUAAGCUGUUGUACCGAAGCGAACAACUCAGUCCAUGAAUGUCAGAUGAAUCCUGAUGCUAAGAGAUGGACGUCCAUGGAGCGAGGGAAGUGACAAGUUUGCCAUGUCAGAAGACUGACUUUUCAUUUUAAUAUUUCCUUCUAUUCAAUGCAACACACGCCACUUUGGAGGUCUAAAUUUGGGAUAAGGAUAAAGAAACAGACAAAAAUAGGAACUUUGGGAAUUUCGCACAAAAUUUCAAAGCUUCACCGGGACAGCUGGUCUGGAAGCUUCGAUCAUAAAGACCAACUUUGGUGACUGAGUAGAGCAUACAAGUGUAGCCCAGUGGUUUCAGAGCUUUUGCUUUUGUUUCUAUCUGUGUCUUGCUAAGCUUUUAUCAUUAAAUUUUUACCUGAUCUUGUUAUCAUUAAAAUUGGAAAUAAACUGUUGGUUAUCAAUAGUUGUUUAUCUUUAUCAAAGAAAGCUGAUUAUUAUUUGUGUCGUGACAAGAUUAUUGUAUUUUUAUUUGAAAAUAAUCAAUUGCAAUUCAUCUCUGUUGACUUCUUGUAAGUGGUUAGCUUGUCUUUCACUAUGAAACUUGAACAUGACGGAUCUAUUCCGUUCCUCGGUACAGUUUUACAAGAUGUGGUAGCACUCUAACAACAGAAGUCUACAGAAAAUUAAACCAACCGACACAGGACUGCUACUCCAUUUCCAAAGCCACGUCGACAGCAGAUACAAGAAAGGCCUAGUCAACACGAUAGUUAACCGUGCGUACCGUCUAUCUUCCACCAAAGACGGUUUUGCAGAAGAAUACAACAAGUUACGCACCAUGUUUACAAAGCAGCGCUAGCCGAAAACAUUGGUCGAUUCCUUUGUAAAUAAGUUCAGCCAGGAACCAGAUAAAGAAAUACACACCGUGCCUUCGGUAGACCCAUCUGUUUACAUAGUAUUGCCCUUUAAAGAUCAGUGAUCAGCUGAUCGCGUACGCAAAGAUAUCUAUUCUCUGGGAGCCAAGAUCAAUGUUAACGUAAAACCCCAUUUUUACAAGCAGAAAACUGUCACAAACCCUGAGUGUCAAGGAAAACAAGCCCCCGAUCGUCAACACUCAAUGCGUUGUAUACUAAUUUCAAUGUGAUUUGUGCGAUGCAAAUUAUGUCGGGUACACUGCCCGACACUUACUUCAACGCAUAAGUGAACACCGUUAUUCAGCCAUCGGGAAACACCUUGAAACACAGCAUGGCAACAACAGAACAAAGACUGACCAUCUUUUCAAAGUUCUAAGGAAAUGAACAGCAAGUUUGAUUGCUUAGUCUACGAGAUGUUAUACACAAAGGACAUCAAGCCUUCUCUUAACACGCAACCCGACUCCAUUCGCGCCAAACUAUAUACGUGACACUUUCUUACAUUUUUUACUUUUCUCUUAUUGUGUUUCUUACCUUGGGAAUAGACCUUUUUACCGAUACGGCGGCCAUAUUGAAUUAAUUCGAUUUAAGGAGUAUUAUAGGAUGCCCAGGGGGCAUGAGCACAUCGUUUGUAUUUUCGAGCGCUUUUCGUGACAGUUUUUCGUAAAGUUUUCUUAGAAUAAGAUUGCAAUGGGAAAAAAAGAUCUUUGUGCCGUGUUUGGAUGUAAUAAUGAUCGCCUUUUUCCCGAGAAAUAUACGAUGAAAGACCAUAUUUCUAAUACUAAACUAGGAAAAGGCGAUCAUUAUUACAUCCAAACACGGCACAAGGAUCUUGUUUUCACAUUACAAACAUAUUCUAGGAAAACUUUAAGAAAAAAUGUCCGGAAAAGUGCUCGAAAAUACAAACGAAAUGAGUUCACGCCCCCUGGGCAUCCUAUAAUACUCUUUAAAUCGAAUUAAUUCAAUAUGGCUGCCGUAUCGGUAAAAAGGUCUAUUACACCCAUUGGACGCGCAAAUAUUUUAUGUAUUGUUUCAAAUUUUAUAUAUUCGUUUUACACCUUAUACUUUUUCACUUUUCAACUUGAUAAUGGCGUAAAGUAGCGCCGAAACGUCGUUCACUUUUUUAAAUGUAUUUUAAAAAUCUUUUAGCGUUUAACUUUUUGACCAAAUGAAAAGCGAUUCAUAUAUUUUUACUAUAUAUUCAUCACCAAUUGUUUUAUGAAACAAUUUUUUGGGGUGUCAACUUCUUAAAAAAAAUGUCUGCAAAAGUUUUUGAUAAUUAUGUGGAAAAUGCCAGUCACUGGUGUUUCUAGUACAAUAGAAGCUUAAUUGAGAAUAAUGCAUUUACAUACAAAUCUAUGCUAAGCAAGCAUCUAUGAUGGAGAAAGCGAUCUUGGUAGCUUCUGGCCCCCUUUAGAUGUAUCUGAAAAGGCAUUGUUGCAAUCAGGAAUUGGAGGUUUGGAUGAAUCAGCUUCUCUGUCAUCAUCAUUAGCCAUCUCAUUUUCUUCAUCAAUUUUUCUGCUGGUAGAACGCUCAUUUCUUACACUGUCUAAUUCAGCGGUUGUUGGAGGAAACUCUUGCACCGUCACUGUGACUGCUAUUAUAACCCAUCGGUCAUGAUCUUCAGUAUCGUCUUUUAGAGCAAAUUAAAAAUCCAAGAAAAUCUGAAUUGGGACAGUUAGCCACAAGACAUUGGCCUUUCCCCUUGAGUAUAAUCGUGGAAGUUAGAUGUAGUUUAAAGACUUAUACAGGAGUGACACUUGGCGCCCAGGUCAUCGGCGGUAAAGUCUGCGUUGCCUGGAAACACAAAAUGCUCCAUGACGUAACGUUGCAUAACGUCAUUGGCCGACACCAAGCAUAUACAUGUAUUCAUAGUAAGAAAGAUAGAAAGAAAGACGGGGCAUCCAAUUUUUCAGCUGACUAAGACCACGCAUAGUUCACGUGCGAUAUAAACUCUCUUCGCUUGGAAUUAACAAGACCUUGGCAACUUUACAAUCAUCUUCACGUUCUUCAAUUGCUUCGCUACACUUUUUUACAGUCAAAUACAUCACCUAUUUCCACAAAACAUAAAGCAAUGACCAGAAUCGGAAGCGAAAGCUGAGUAAAUUAAAUGAAGUCACCUGAAUUCACCAGCCUUACUUUGAUUCUUUACUCGUUGCAAUUCUCUGAGACAUUUUUGUCUUUUUGCUUUGUUUUUUUUGUUGUUGUUGUUGUUGUUGUUGUUUUGUGUCGACCAAAAUGUUUUUGGAGACAAAUUUUUAAAGUUCAGAUUUGUUGAUUAAACUUACCUAAGGAUCAAUUUCAGUUUUAAUAAGCCUCGCCAUAAACACUUUAAACAGUUCUGACCGGUACCGGUAACCAAACAAAAAUGUACUCACUUUUUCUUUUAAGUUAAAAGACCGAGUCUUGCUCCAUAGAGGUCAUCUCAAACACUAUAACUAUUUACACCAGACCAUUAUUUUCAAUUUCCAUUCUUAACCCCAUCAAUGUUUUGGAGUAAUUAGGAAGAGGGAGAAUUAGGUGAACACUGUCUCACGCUUAAGGUAACAAGAAAACGUGUACAAGUACCUUUCAAGGUACCCAUGUAACAUAUGUCCAAUUGGGCGUGAAAAACUACCAACCCUCGGAAACAGAUAUUUAAAAAUGGAAGUUAUCGCACACACGAAUUUUUUUUUGGGCGUACCCAAGCAAUUUCUGUGGAUUUUUCCUUUACCCAUAGGCAAUUCAACCAUCAAUUAAAAUCUAUUCCUUUUAUUUUCUCCUAUAGAUCCACAUCAACGUAUUGUAGGUACUUACAUUCACCCUUUCUGCGAGAAUGACAAGAAAAUUGUGUACAAGUACCAUUCAUGGUACACAUGUAAUGCUUGUCAAAUUGGACGUGCAAAACUACCACCCGAAUGUUUCAGAAGUAGAUAUUUAGCGAUAAAAGAAAUCCCUCCCACGGGAAAUUAUUCUAAAGCGAAUAAGUGAUAGCUGUGAUGAGCAAAAAUAUUCAUUUUGGAUUUUUCUUUUCCCAUAUCCAAUUUCAACAAUUAUUUUUAGACUUAUUUUUAUAUUUUUAGCUAUAGAACCGCAACAAAGUUUUUGGCUAAAGGAGAAAGAGGGAGGAUCAGGUUACACGAUAUCUGUGUAAUGGACUGACAAGAAAAGAAGUGUACAAGUACCAUUCAUGGUACUCAUGUAAUGCUUGUCAAAUUGGGCGUGGAAAACUACCAACGAAAUGUUUCAGAAGCAGUAAUUUAACAGUAAAAGGAAUCAUUAACCACUAAUUUAAAUCUAAUUUUUUAAAUGCGUUUUCAUAUUUCCUUCUUCAGGAUGGUAUCAUCGAUAUGGCCUAAAGAGAAAGGGAGUGGAUUAGCUUUGUACAGACUGAAAAGAACAGUGCGCAAGUACUAUUCAUGUUAUACAAUUCCAAUUGGGCGGGGAAAACUACCAACCGUAUCUUUCAGAAGCAGAUAUUUAACAGUGAAAGUAAUCGAACAGAUGGCAAAUCAUUUUGAGGCGGACAGGCGAUAGCUUUGGUGAGUAAAAUUAAACCCUUUCGAUUUUUCUCCAACAAUAUGUACUUACAACCAUUAAUUUAAGUCUUAUUGCUUUACUUUCUCAUUUUCUUCUUUAGAACCACCUGGGACGCAUCUAUUCAACGUAUUGGCGUAAAAAGGAAGAGAUAUAUUCAUAUCAAUUCAAAGCAGGAACAACUCGAACAAGCAGCUAAGACAUGUUAGAAAAGAAAAUAUAACUUAUUCAUUAUUUUUUAAUUUUUUUUUUUUGAAAAAGAAAAAGGGUUUUUCCUCGCUAAUUAUUUACAUAAAUUCUAUCUGUACGGAGGAAGUAUGUAGAUUAUUGCUUUCGUGCAUGUUUUUGUUUUCGAAAUUCGAAAGACUGGUGAAUGAAGGUCGGAAUCAUAGCACUAAUUAGGAAGUAUGAAGGGCUAUUGUAUCAGUUUUAAGUCCUAUAGACAGCAAUUCCCUCUAGAAGUAUGCCAGAUUGUACACAAGAGCCAUCAAUUUAUUCUAAGCUAAGACUGUAAAUGGAUGAAUAUUUUUCUACUAAAUGGUUAUUAUUAUUAUUAUAAUUAUUAUUAUUAUCAUUAUUACUAUUACUAUAAUCAUAACUACAACAAAAUUCUCAAAUCUGAUUGGCUAUCGGCUGCCCUGAUUUCAGCCUUAAUAGGACAGUUUAAUUGGAUAGUACGCGCCAUCGCGCGCGCUUAAAUGGCUUUUCUUUUUUUUUUUCACUGCUAGCAAAAAAAUCUUGGAAUUCCUUGACUGUGUUUUGAUUUAAAAGAGAGCCUUAUAUAUCACACAUUUGGUUAAAGUUAUGAUUAACUGGCAACAGAACUUCGUAUCGUCCAAUUCGGUCUGUAAUCAUAAUCGUGAUUAAACAAAUCGAGUGUUAAUCACUCUUACGAUUACAGACCGAAUUGGACUCCACCCAGUCCUGUUACCAUUACUUAUUAUUACUAUUAUUAAUUACUAUUAUUGAUUUGUUUUUUGUAAUAUAAUAGUGCGUUAAUAAACAAGUCGAAAUACUAAAACCGCAAACUGAAGGAGAGUCGAACCUCCAUAUAGGCCGUAUUUCCAGCGAAUUCCUGCCAGUUACUUUUAGUAACGAAACUGGUAGAUAUUCAGAUCUAUGUGACAAAGUUAGGAUUUCAAGGCCAUUUCCCCUGAACUUCGGAUUUAUGAUACUCUUUCAAAAGGUCGUCAUAUCCCGUCCAGACCAAACAGUUGAAACAAGCCCACGCAAACGAUUUUGACUUUAAUUUUCUAAAGAAUAAUUUUGCCAAAACUAGCUUUAAAAGUGGGAUUCCUUAGCUAAUGAAUCAUAUGGAAUUGACUUUUCACAUAAUUUAUUCCUUGUUUACGUUAUUACUAUCAUCAUAAUUAUUUAUUCAUUUCAUUUAUUUUUCUCAUCGUUAUUAGUUAAAAGUGUGACUAUAUAUUUGCGUUAAUUAACGGAUAAAGUAAGAUUACACCAUAAAAGCUGUCAUGUCCAGCUUCUCCUUGAGUUUGUAUCGUGUCCUUUUUGUACUUAUUCUCUGUUUCAAGUAACUUGUUCUUUUUUUUGUCUUUUCAUCACAACAGGCUUACCAAUCAGGUUUUUCUUUUUGUUCCUGGAGGCAUACUUGAUUUGCAAUAGUAAGUGACACCGUAGCUGUAAGCUAUUAUGAUAUUCUCCAAGCUUUUCAAUUCUGUUACAAUAAUAUUUGUGGUCAACUUGAACGAGAGUGUAUUUUGAAAUGUAGAUCUAAUAAAAUUUUCUCAUGGGCAUUACCUCCACACUACUGAAACAGUCAGAUCCAAUGUUAACUUCUCAAGCCUUCUUGUGCUGCUUCUUUUAGUCAAUGGACAAGUUUUAAAGCCAGGAAGUUACAAUGUCAACGGCAACAUCAAUGUUUUAGCUGAUGGUUCCAUAACAACUAACGUGCAAAUGAGACCUGGCAAAGGUGGACCUAGUUUGGUUACGCAAAGCUCUUCAGACUCAGAAGGUAACUUUAAACGAAUUAAUUCGAUUAUUACUGAAUUACAGUACCAUAGAAAUGGGAAUGUAAGCUAACAUUUCUUUUUCUUCAUAGUAAUCCCACUAAAAGUGCACCUUACAUGUACAUGCGUAUGCCGUUUCCGAAAGUUGCAUUAUACCUCUAUUUUCUCGAAAAUAUUCACUUUGAGAUUGGCAAAUUACUAAUUUUGUGUUUUAAUUAAGUGAAAGACGCAUUUAUCUGAGAACAUAGUUUAACAAUAAAGCGUUCGGAAUUGGCAAUUGUCAAGUCAUCAUGUCAUCAAUUUGAAAAAUUUUCUUUCUGCAUACAGUUAGUUAGUCAUCCUAUUCGGGAACAUUUAAACACUUUUUUUUUUUUUCUCCAAGAGCCAAGUAUUUUCAUCCCUUAAGUAGUAUCUGAGGAGAAAUUAUCCCCCCCCCUAUCCCAUUCUGCAAAACGUCGGGAGACCUCUUACGCCAUGGCCAAUGUGCCUUUCUUUUAUUUUGUCUCACCUUUGAGGAAAAUGAUGUAUCAUUUAUUAUUAUUUAUUCAAAAUGUUCCCCCGUUUCUGGUUGGCCAAAUCUCCCGACUAAUUCCUCAUAACCGACGCUUACUUGAAACAUAAUUGUUUAGCAAUAGAAGAUCGAUUCGAUGGUAUAUUAAUCAAAUGUAGAGCAACUUCGUUUCCAGUCAGCUGCGAGACAGCCUAAAGAAGCUAGCUUGUCUUGUCUUGUAAAUAAAUUGCGACAAGUUUCAGGCCAUCUAAAUUACGACUAAAGCUAAACGGUAUAAUUGCAAAAGCAUGCAAAAAUAUUACCAGACAUGUAUGAAGAUUACUUUUUGUGGAGUAUACAUAAAGAAAUGCAUCUCUGCAUAUAUGAACGUGUGCAGAGAAGUAGGCGAACGUUUUUAAGAAAGACCGAGAGUUUGUACGGACGGAAAACUAAGAAAUAUUUUGAAUGAAUAAUCAUACAAGUAUUCAAUUGGGCUUAAGUAUGAUACGAAAAAUUAUGCCGAUCCUGAAGGCUGUUAUCAACCUUAGCCUUUGGCUUCGCGGUACACUCUUUUAUGUAAAUAGUUGAAUACAGAGUGGUCCAGGCUGAACAUUCUGAUUUUUCUUUUGAUUUUAGGCUGAAAAUAUUCUUGACUUAUUUUCGAGCGAAAUUAUAGCUUUUGGCAUUUCCACUUUAGAAUGUAUUGGGUUUCAAUUACCCAGUGUUCUCGCCGUUUAGCGAAACGAAUAAUCUUCUACGAUCAGGUUAAAACACAAAUUAUAAUAAUUGUACUGUAUUUACUGAUUUUCAGACUUAAAAUUGAAUCUGUUUUAUGUACUCUUAGCGUCGGGUUUAUUCUUAAAAUAUUCUUAAAUUUUCGAAAAUUUCAGCCCCGAUAUUCUAAGAAAAUAUAUUCUUAAAUGAAAAAAGAGUGUAGUUCAAAUACUGCUCAAUGUCCUUAAAUUCUUCAUAUCAUGUUCAACUUUAUUCAUUAAUUUUUAAGUAUUAACGUUGCCCACUCUGCAAGUGAGAGUUAUGAAUUAAACUGAUACGUGGAAAGUGGCCAAAAUAUAUAUGACAUCACCCAAGUUGAUCAGUUGAUCUUAGCUUGAGAAAUCAGCCUACAUUCUGCGACGCCACCACUGGUUUCCGCUCGAAAUGACAUCUAAGAAAUUAACGUAGACAUUUUAUACUGAUGACGCGUCACUACCCAGGUCUGGGUAGUGCUUCUGAUUGCUUGAGAAUUUACUUCAACCAACCAAAAGUACAUUUGUUUAAAAUCUGGUUUCGGACUUAUGAAAAGGAUAGCUAAAGUGAAAGUGUCUCGUUUUUCUUACAUGUAUGUAAAAAGGCCAACAAACAAUCUACUUAUCAAGCCAACAAACGAGCAAGCCCCCAUGUGCAAGUUCAUGAUAAGUUGACAAACUUCGUAGUUACUUCAAAUCUAUUAGGAAUAUCAGGAUUACUAUUAGGCUUUGAUAGAUUCUACUUAAGCUUAAUUUUUGUUGUAAUUCGUUAUUACGGGCAAAAUUUUCUUCUACUUUCCGAAAAAAAACACUGCUAACAUAAUUCGCAAUAUUUUGUGGCACAAACUUAUCACUUAGUGAUUAUGCAAUCAAUAAGUACGGAGCGAAGGAAACGAGGCUAAUAAGAUUUUUAUUAUUAUCUGGCUUCCUAUCUAGGGGACACUAAACAAGUGCAGAACAAGCGAUUUGUAAGUCAUUUUGACAGGCGACAGAAAAUUCGCUCAUGGAAACAAUAGCACAUUACAAAGGCUUGCAUUUGAAAGCAAAAUCAAAUUGCAAAUGCACCAAGCGCCGAGUUUAUUCAGUCAAAACUAAGAUCACUAUAAGUAUUUGCUCGCCAAUGUGACCAUUCAUGGAGUUUAUUAAAAACUGACCAUUAUGUCUGGCUUGAAUCCGCUUCUAUCUUUCUUUCUGCAAAUGGCAAAGAAGCUUGUCAAGAUGAUCAGGUUAUUUCAUAGUUAUUGAGGUGUUUUUACCAAAUUUAAAGUCAAAAGGAGAGGCAUAAUUUCUGCCCUUUUUGCUAAAAUGAGCGUAAUUUACAAAAAUUAGCACACACCUGUUAGUUAUUGGCAUAAUUUUACAAAUAUGCGAGCACUGCUUACAUUAAUGUAAGGCUACUUUUGUGAGCACAAUCUAUGUAAAAGCCUCAUUAAUGUAUACCAAUUUCAAUCCUAAUCAGCAGGAAACGUGAGUCUCGAACAAGAGUUUUUCAGUUAUAUAUAUCAAUAUAUUAUUAUAUUUAGAAAUCAUAACAUGGUUAUCGCAAGUUACUCUAUUGUGGGAUAUUUUCGUGGGCACCCAGGACGAAUAAGAAUCGAAGAGUACCAGAAACAGUCCGAAUAUCCCUAAAUUUAAGGACAGGGCCAACUGGUCACGCGACACUUUUCAACCAAUGAGAAGGCGCGCUUGUGUUUAUCAACAAACAAAUCAAAACAUCGCCCCAGUAAUCAAAAAUUUUCAAAACAACGGACGGAGUCGGACAGAAUUAAAGAUGAGCUUACAGUACUCGUCUAGGUUUCACAUUUAGUAUUUCAAAGAAAACAUUUCAUGUUAGAGAAUAAGAGCAUUAAUCAUUGCAAGGAAUCAUUGGGGUGUUCGAACUGAUUCCGGACCGAUCGCAGAGGUCGUGGCUUCACUGGCAUGGCUUGCAAGAUUUUUGAUAAAAGCAAACUGGUCCCGUGUAAAAAAUAGCCUGUAAGAGAGUGUGAAAAUUUGUUGAGAUUGUACAAAACAGGAUUGGUACUACCCAUUAACUUCUACAGGACAAGUAUCAAAGAACCAGUCAUCAUAACAAGAAUAGAAAGUAGUAUAAAUUUUUUAAUUUUUCUUGUUUGUUUUUUCGCGUUGUUUCGCGUUGACUUCACGCCUCUGGUGCUUUCUUUGCCUGCUGUAGUACCUGCAAUGUUUUAAUUUUAUCCCAGAUAAUCAGUGCAUGUUCAAUGAGUAGCGAAACACAUCAUUUAUAAUUGAGAUUUGCCUUGUUUCUUUGAUUGUUUUUGAACGGUGGAUGAACAUUUGAGAAUCCAACAACAUUAAAUCUUUCCAGAUUAGUGAAUUUCAGAAACAAAGCGGUUAGUAUCUACCUUGCGCUUAUGAUCUUCAAUUUCAUCCCCGCAAAUUCGGCAAAGUGAGGCGAGAUGUUGGACGUGAAUAUCUAUAAGACUAAUAAAGUUGCUUAGGCCUAGAAAAGAAAAAAGUCAAAGGCUCGUACUAAUGCGAAAAAAAGUAAUAACACGGCUCUGUGAGAAACCCGGGAGUGGAAAACGUGCGUGUUUUGGACCUCGGAAUUCAAAAGUUGUCUACCAAAAUUCUAGGCUGUCUGCCAUCCCUACAUUCAACAUGAUAAAAGUUAAUCGAUAUGACAAUCGAGGAAAAAUAUGUAGAACUUCGUAAAAAAAAUCUGUGAAUCGAAAAAAUAAUAGAUCCUUCUUCACCUACCUUGAAAACCGACCAAAAUCUCGCCUAUACAUCGCGUUGUUUAGAAGAUAAAAGAAGAAAUAAGCCACAAAAUGUGCUGAAUAUUUCACGAGACACUUCCAAUAUAGCUUCCGAUACGCUGUCCACUUAAAAAAAUUGUGUAUGCCCCAUGAAAAGUCUUAAAAAUAUGCCUGAGAGCCCCGAAACGAUGACUGAUUCUGUCCGACUCCGUCCGUUGUUUUGAAAAUUUUUGAUCACUGGGGCGAUGUUUUGAUUUGUUUGUUGAUAAACACAAGUGCGCCUUCUCAUUGGUUGAAAAGUGUCGCGUGACCAGUUGGCCCUGUCCUUAAAUUUAGGGAUAUUCCGGACUGAGAAAUGAAAUGAAAUAUCGCAAUUCACUAAAGAGUUUGGUCCUACCAUAAUAGGGUUCUCUUCUCCAUAAGAUGCGCCGGAAAAGUUCUCUAUUUACAAAGUUAAAGAAUAGUUAUUAAUGUGUAUAUAUUGUCUCAGACCCUCACAUAAAGCACGCUAAUUUUACAGAAAAUGAAUAUUUGGUUGUAAUUUUGUUUCUUUUUUUUAACACAACAACGAGAAGAAGAAUUCACUCUAACAGAAGAACAAGGCUUAGCCAUGCACAAUGAAUUUCGUCAAAUACACCAAGGUCCGGCUAUGACAUUAAACAAAACGAUGUGCAACAUGGCCCAAGCUUACGCAGAAACACUAGCUCAAAGUGGAACAUUUCAACACUCAUCGCGCGAUGAAAGAGAUGGAGAUGGGGAAAACCUUUCGUUCGGCUGUGCCACGGAAGCUGCACAGACUGUAGACGACGCUGUUACAAAUUGGUCAGUAAUAUUAUCGUAAUGAUAGUAAUAAUGAUAAUGAAGGUGAUAAUGACGGUGAUUAAGGGGGCUGCACACAGUUUUGCGGGCGGUUAGCGGUAACUCGCCUGACGGCGCGUGUUUUAAAUUAGACAAUCCAAAUAUGGCGGCGAAAAAAGCAAGGGUACACAGAAGACGACUUCUCAAAAUCAACUCAUUAAAAUUUUGUGAUAUUUGGCAGAAUUCUUCCUUUCAUCGUAUUUUAAAUAAUGAGAACUUUAAAGUGGAAGUUGAACAGAUGAGUUUUGUGACACAUUUAAUAAUUACAGUGCAAUUAUAUUAUUAUCUAAAAACCGGUCAUUAAAUCUUGGUCAAAUAAGUUUCAAAUGGUAAUGAUUAAUUAUAGUACUGUAAGAUGUGUACAAGUUUAUAGGAAAAUCUAAUGAGUGAAUUUUAUGCAAACCGUUCAAAAGUGAAAUUUUAAGGUUGUAUUCAAUCGUUCAUGUUACCAUGGAAACUACGAAAAUGUAAAAUUUUACCUAUCAAUCAAAAUCUUUCAUCAGUAUAUUUUCAAGUAUAUUUGCCAAGUUACAGCUUGUGAGCUGAACAUUUCUCUUGCCAUGAUUUGGCAAAUGACAUACAAUAAUAAACUGCCAAAACUGUGUUCAGCUACCUUAAUGACAAUGAUAGUGAUAAGGAGAAAGAGAAAGAAAAGGGAAAGGAUUGCAAAAAAAUUGUAAAUUGUAAAUCGUAAAUCGCUUGUUUACCCACGAAGCACAUAGGAGUUCAUAUAAACUCGUUUAAACGUGUCCGUCCAUUCCAGAUCGAAUUGGAAUUUGGAAAUGUUGGUUUUUGAGGAGAGGGGAAAACCAGAGUACCCGGAGAAAAAUCUCUCAGAGCAAGGGAGACAACCAAUAACAAACUCAUCCCACAUAUGGAGUCGACGCCGGGAGUUGAACCCGGGCCACAUUGGUGGGAGGCGAGUGCUCUCACCACUGCGCCACCCUUGCUAAGAAUGAGGAGAAGGAUAACGAUAACGAUACGAUAUCCCGUUGACAGCUGACAAAUGGUUUAUCGGUAACUGACAACAGGCGUUUCCACCAACUCCUUUUUAUUUACAAUCAAAGCGGCUUUGAGCAGGUUUUGUUAAGUCCUUGAGCUGAUAUAAGUGGUUUGGAGUGUGUUAACGACUAUAUUCCUACAACAAUGUUUCCAAUUUUAGGUAUAAUGAAGUCUGUAACCCUGGUUAUGAUUUCAAUAAUGGAGGAUUUUCCUCAGGAACUGGUCAUUUCACUCAAGUGGUUUGGGAAGGAAGUCUUCAGCUUGGUAUAGGGAGAGCUGAAACAACCCAAAAUGGUAUGAAGUGUGCGUACAUUGUCGGAAGAUAUAAACCAGCAGGAAACAUGAUCGGUCAAUUCACAAACAACGUGAAAGAAGGAAACUUUAACCGAGAGAAUUACUGCAGCUCUGUUACUUCCAAAAAACGGAAAUUCUUUGAUAAAAGUGGGAAAUCCCACGCCACCGGAACUCCAUUGGCCGCAGUUGGUGUUUCAGGUUCUCGUACCCAGGACUCUGCUAUAAAAAUAGAGCUUCUGAAAGAGAAGAAGAAGAAACAUUUUGUUAAUUCCUAAGCGUUAUCAUACUGAUGGCUUGUAAACGGUAAACAAAUAAAGUAAUUGUUCCAGCUGUCAUUGGUUAAACUGAACUGCUGAUUGGACUGUCAUUUUUUCGUUAAUAGACUACUAUUGUGGCAUCAGAUGACAAAGAUUUAGACAAGAACGAGUUGCUCUUACUUGCUGGCUAGUUUCUAAAAUAUCAUAUUACAACUAAACUUUUAGCUCCUUUUGGUUAUGUAAAAUACGCAAAAAAUGUUUAGCUUUAGACUUUGGAUUUUCUUGCUGGUAUCACGGAAACGAUGCUGAAGCAAAAACACAUCAGAACAUGAGAAACGCAACCCUUCUCCCCUACCCUCCCUGCUUUCCACCGUCCCCGAACUAAUUGGGAUUAGACUUUUUCGUGACCGAAAUUUGUUGUCAACACCAAAUAAUACACUAUUGAGAGCAACCUUUACCAAGACCAGGAUUGUAUUUUUAAGUUAAUACAGUAUAUCUGUGAAAUUUUUGGGAGAUGGACUAAGGCAAAGUUUUGCGACAUGAGGCGAAAUUUUAAGAUUUAUUUGUGGUUAAACGAAAUAAUUAUUAACCCUCGGACGUACAAGAGGGGGUGGUUGUUAAAAGGGCAGGGGGCCGGGGAGGGUAGGGGAAGGGGAAAUACGGGCGCGCAAUGGUGGACACCCGAAUAUAAUUAAUUUUUUGUCCCUGUGUGGACUCCAUUUUUGUUAAUUCUUCGGCAGUUCACUGCUUUGUAUUCGCUGCUAAGUUUGGUGUUUCAUAAUGGCGUCUAUAAGGGUGAAACACAGUAAAAAUGUACAACACAGUUAGUUAUUGGGAACUCAAACUGUGGACACAACGCCAUUUUGUGCCGUUACCCAGACACAGGCUCACUUCAGGUGUUCUUAUGAUUAAUGAAGUUGUCUGUCGUUUUGCUGUUGUUUGUCUUGUUUCCAGAAAGGGAAUCUUCCCACCUCGGAUUUGGCUCGCUUAUAUAACGAAUAACGAAGGUGCAUAAUGUUUCCUGCUAGAAGAAUAAACAAUGGUAAAAAGGAGGAAACUUAAGAAUUGGACUGAUCCUCAGGACAGUCCAAUCAUCCACCCACGUCUCCCCAGGCCCUUUUGGGGGUAUGAGUUUGCUCGCACCGAUGGUUAAAAACUGAAAUAAUUUGUAGAGACCAAAAUGCCUUUUAGUUUGCUUGUCACGUGUCUUAAACUGUUUUUUUUUUUCCUUUUUGAUCGCAGGUUCGUUAUUGAAAGCUCAUCUUGUUUAUGCUUCUAGAGGCAUCCUUUCAAAAAGAUGGUAAUUUAUGACUUCUAUCCCUGAAAAUACUAGUCUUUGAUCAUUGACAGGACACGGUCAAAUAGCACCUCACUAAACGGCUCACACAAUUGGCUGUGGAAGCAAUAGGAUAACCACACAAACAAUAACCUCAACGCAACAAGCAAUAUUGGUUUAGAUGACCACUUAAUUUAGAGCUUCUUGUAAGGUAGUGGACUACCCCAAGACACGCGUUGUUGUUUUUUGCGUCUUAAAAUUGUAUGCGAUAAACCGGACAAUGACUUACGAACAAAAACUUCAUCACAGGAAAGUGUUUAACGUUUUCCUGAGGCUCAGCAGUUUUGAAAGCAUUUUUUGAUGCAAACUAUUGAUCUAGUUGUUUGCCAGAUCAAGACACGUUCCCAAGGGAUUUCAAUUUUGCCAAUCUUGCCAAUACCUUAUGCAUGUGCACAGCCACGUCAAACUCGCAAAGGCUGUUAGGGACAGCUGAUUCACAAUCAUUUCAUCAUUUUCUCUUCAUGUUGCGAACACAUACUGCAUUUGCUCUCCACUUGCUGGCCACAUAUUGGUAGCUGGUAGUUUCUGGUGUUUAUUACCUGCUCUUGAGUUGCUACCAGUAGCCCCUCUGUUUCGCCUUUCCGAUUACUUGACAACCAUUUUUUGGUGGUGGCUGUGUCUACAUGAGGCUUUUCUAGGAUCCUUGGGUACUGCAGGUGAUGCAGUACUUUGUUUUUCCACUUUUCUUCUUUCAUUGAUUUGAUCUUGGUCUUGAACGGUGAAAACAUUUUUGUCCUUUUCUGUAAAGA